UCUGCUAAAAAAGGUAUGCAUUUUUUCUCUAUGUUGUUUGGUGAGGUGGAAAAGUCAAGCGUGUGUACGGACUAACAUUCCAUCUUUUAAGCAAACAGAAAGCUCUCUCCCUGCGCACAAGCUUCUCGUCCAGAUCUGGCAGCGGGAUUCAUUCCAGCUUUUGCAACAAUAAUAAUAUUAAACAAAGAAGAUCAGCAGAAAGCAAGCAAUCAGCUGCAGCGGGAGAGGGCGUAUCCAUGGAAGCUUAGAGGUGGCCAACCAACCCACCUUCUGCAACUCUUUCGCAUUUCGUAGAAAUGGAUUCGGAAGAAGCGACUUCUUCAGUAGAUGAAGACGCUCCGGUUGCCGGGACGCUUGGAGGCGACGGCGGAGCAGCUGAUACCAGAGGCAAACAUCGGAUUCUUGCUGAGCUCAAGCGCAUCGAGCAAGAAAUCAGCUUUCUGGAGGAGGAACUGGGGGAACUAGAGAAGACGGACAGUUUAUCGACUGUAUGUGAAGGGUUCCUUCGCAAUGUGGAGAUGAUACCUGAUCCACUGCUGGCAAUAACAAUUGGACCUGCAAACCCAGUAUGGGAUCGAUGGUUCGAGGCUCCACCAGAUGCUGGGGGUUGCAGCUGUUCAAUACUCUGAAGUUGAACGGAGAAAAAGAAGACAGUCAAAUCUAACAUUUGUUGUCUUGUCCAGUCAGAGACAGGGAGAGAAAGUGUGAGUUUGAGGCACAUCACCCAUUUUUAGCAAGCUUGUCAACUGGAAUAUUUUUCAAGACCAAAGUGCAAAUAUCUGAAAACUUGUCCUCACGAUCAGAGUCCAUAGAGAAAAAUUCUGAAUUUGUAAAUCAAAAUUGUAAUUUUGCCGACCUAGAAACAGAAAGAAAAUUUGGAAAUCCCACUCCUUUCAACCACUUUGUACCUCAAUCUGUUUAUACUAUUUUGGCUACUCCUGUUCAACCUGGUAUCCAUAUUAUCUUG